CUAAGUUGGGGUGGUUGUGGAGGUUGUGGAGGUUGCGGUGGUUGUGGCCGGUGAGUGGAGAGAAAGAAAGAGGUUGUGGCCGGUGGUGGGUGAUGUUGGCGAUGGUGGUGUUGGAGUUGGGUUGAUAGAAUAUUGUAUACUUGUGUAUGUAUAUUUCACUUAGGCUAGUUUGGUCAUUUUAGGUGGUAAAAAAUAUCAUGAUUGGGUUGUCUUUGGGUGUCAUUGAUGACUUCAUUCUUUUGUUUGGUUUCUUUCCUUAAUUUGCUUUCUUUCACAUGAAUCUUCCAAGAAAGCCGUAGACAGACAGGUUUUGAAGCAUCUUUUAGCUUUAAAAAUUCAAAGCUGAUAAGAAGACUCAGUUGACCUCAUGAUUUAAAAAUUGUAUACAUGUGUAAGUAUAUCAUCUCGUUUUAGCUGAUAAGCACUACGCUUUGAAAAAAACCAAUGAAUUUUCAGCUGUGCGUCCUCCAUCCAGUGGCCGCCUCCCCAUUUGAGAAGAGAUCACACAUUCCAUCAUCUUCACCAAACAAGAAGCACUCAACACAGCCAUGGUACGCCCAAGUUUAAUCACUCUUCUUCUCAUAUUUUACUGUUCUUGUAGUAUCGAAUUUUGCACCGCCAUAGACACAAUUACAUCUACUCAACCCAUCCAUGACCCUCAAACUAUAGCCUCUAGUGGUGCCACCUUCAAAUUGGGAUUUUGUAGCCCUAGUGUUAAUUCUACUAACCGGUAUGUUGGUAUCUGGUACAACGACAUCUCUGCCAAGGCUGUGGUUUGGGUUGCGAAUAGAGAUACACCUCUGAAUGACUCCUCCGGGAUAGUGACAAUAUCCAAGGAUGGCAAUCUUGUGGUCCUGAAUGGACAGAAACAGAUUGUUUGGUCAUCAGAUGUUCCAAAUGCUUCGGUGAAUUCAAGUGCUCAGCUUUCAGAUUCUGGGAACCUUAUGCUGCGAGAUGACUCCAAUGGAAACAUAAUAUGGGAGAGUUUUAAACACCCUUCUGAUUCUUUGUUGCAGGGGAUGAAAAUUAGUACUAACAAGUUUACAGGUAAGAAGACUCAGUUGACCUCAUGGAAAAGCCCUUCAGUUCCAUCCAGUGGAAGGUACACUUUUGGCGUCAAUCCUACGAAUAUUCCAGAAGUAUAUGUUUGGAAUGGUAGUCUUCCAUAUUGGCGGAGUGGUCCAUGGAAUCGGCAGAUUUUUAUUGGCACGCCUUACAUGUCGUCUACAUACUAUAGCAGAUCUGAAGUUGCAAAUGAUGAAAGGGGAAAUGUAUGUAUUGGUUACACUGAUACAAAUAAGUCCUCUCAGUUAUACUAUACCUUAAGUUCUAAUGGAACUCUAAUGCAGAGGUACCGGGAAAAAGGAAAGGAGACUUGGGAAACUACGUGGGUGGUUCAAAAUACUGAAUGUGAAGCAUAUGGCAAGUGUGGUCCAUUUGGAAGCUGCAAUGCGAAGGGUUUGCCAAUUUGCACAUGUUUGCAAGGGUUUGAUCCGAAGGAUAUGGAGGAAUGGAGUAGAGGGAAUUGGAGUGGACAAUUAAUUGACAUACAGGAAUUCUCCUAUGGUGGGGCAGAUCUUUACAUACGUGUGGCAUAUUCAGAACUUGGUAUUGUUUUUUCUGCUUCUAAAUCCAUAUUAACUCAAGUACUUUCUCAAUGUUUGUUGUGUUUUACAAGAAAAAAGAGAAGCACAAAACUAGUUAUUGCAGUUGCAGUUCUCAUAGGAUCAGUAACCAUUGCAAUUUGUAUCUAUCUUUCCUUGAGGUGGAUGGCUAGACCGCGAGGAAGGAAAAAAAAAAGUGGGAAGUUAUUUAAAAGAGGGGAAGUCGAUGCAGAUUGUUCAAAUAAAAGCAUGCUUGGAGAUGAUCAGAGCCAAAUUAAACUUGAAGAGCUACCUCUAUUCAGUUUCGAGAAGCUGGCAAUUGCAACAGAUGAUUUUGAUAGGGCUAAUAAGCUCGGGCAGGGUGGUUUUGGUCCAGUGUACAAGAGAAAAUUGGCAAGUGGACAAGAUAUAGCUGUCAAACGGCUUUCGAGAUCCUCUGGACAAGGGCAUGAGGAGUUUAUGAAUGAGGUUGUGGUAAUUUCCCAACUCCAGCAUCGCAAUCUUGUUAGGCUUCUUGGCUGUUGUGUGGAAGGAGAAGAAAAGAUGUUGAUCUAUGAAUACAUGCUAAAUAAAAGCUUGGAUGCAUUUCUGUUUGAUCCAAUCAAGCAAAAACUCCUAGAUUGGAGAAAACGUGCCAACAUUAUUGAAGGGAUUGGUCGAGGAUUACUUUACCUUCACAGGGAUUCCAGAUUAAGGAUUAUUCAUAGAGAUUUGAAGGCUAGUAAUAUUCUAUUGGAUUCAGAUCUAAAUCCAAAAAUUUCAGAUUUCGGCAUAGCAAAGAUUUUUGGAGGGAACCAGGAUCAAGCAAACACUAAAAGGGUUGUUGGAACUUACGGUUAUAUGGCGCCUGAAUAUGCAAUGAAAGGGAGAUUCUCGGAAAAACCUGAUGUGUUUAGCUUUAGAGUGUUGUUGUUGGAGAUUUUAAGUGGGCGAAAGAAUACUAGCUUUUAUCAUGAUGAGCAUUCUUUAAGCCUUCUGGGAUUUGCAUGGAAGUUAUGGAAUGAAGAUAGGAUUGCAAUGCUAAUAGAUCCAACAAUUUCUGAUCCAUGCUUCCUAGUGGAGAUCUUGAGAUAUAUACAAGUUGGACUUUUGCGCGUGCAAGAUUUCGCCACUAAUAGGCCUACUAUAAAUACUGCUCUUUUCAUGUUCCAACUCCAAAGCAACCUGCAUUUACUGAAACAUUGGGUCUCUCAAAUUUACGGUCUUUUCAACAAAGCCAGAGGAAAUAUUCUGUGAACGAUGUAACUGUUACAAUCAUUGACGGUCGUUAGCAUGCAGAUUCUUGUAUUUUUUUUUUUUUUCUCUUACUAUGUAGACCCUUAAUUGCUCUCUAAUUGAAUACAAAUAAUAUAGUUUUGUUUUACAUAA